AUGUCUUUCUUCCGGCGACACCCACAUCAAGACGACUUGGAACACGAUGACGAAGACGGCAUCGACCCAGAGCUGCGCCUGCGAACCGUGCGAACGGCGGCGUCGACGCUCGCAGAGACGGCACGACAGGAGGAGCGGUCAGAGAGGAGGCGGCUGUCAAUGAAGGGCAAGGCGUUCUUCCAUCGCAUGUCGCAGAAGAAGAAGACGCGCGAGUCGGCUACCUCGCAGGCGAACGCUCCUGAGGUGCCGACUCCGCCCGUCGCGGGUGUACGCAGGAAGAUCUACGUGAACUCCCCUUUGCCUCGCGAGGAGCUCGAUUCUCGUGGUGAGCCGGUGGUGCGUUACAAGAGGAACAAGGUCCGGACGAGCAAGUACACUAUCAUCACGUUCUUACCCAAGAACCUUUACGAGCAAUUCCGACGGGCGGCCAACAUCUACUUCCUGGCACUGGUCGUUGCAGAAGUGUUCCCCCUCUUUGGUGCUACUACGCCGCAGCUCGCGGCGCUCCCGCUAAUCUUCAUUUUGGGCAUCACCGCCAUCAAGGAUGGAAUAGAAGAUUACCGCCGCGCGCGACUGGAUGAGGAGGUUAACACAUCCCCAUCGACCAAGCUCGGACAAUGGCGGAACGUGAACCAGCCUACGGACCCACGGUCAUGGUAUGAUAAGGUUCUAGGGCUCAACAAGCCAGGAAGAGUGACGCGGGGCGUGCGUCGCCUGCGUGAACGUGAGGCGGAGGAGGGCAUGCAGAUCGUGCUGAGCAAGGGGCUGGAGGGUAACCUGGUAAGCAUGCGGGUAUCGAAUGACCCAAAUGCGUCGCUGUCAUCGUUACCGCCAGCGGGCAUGCAGAGGAGGGGGGACUCGGUAAGCUCUAUCGCGGAAUUCCACAGCUACCCUCCAAAGGCUGGCGAGCCGAAGCUUGUCGAUAUGCCUGGGCCCGGGCACGCGCGACUAGGUUCGUGGGCUGGCGGCUCUGGCACGCUCGCGAUUUACCAGGAGUCCGUGAGGUCUCGGUCAUCAAUUGGUGUAGUCAACGACGGGCAGCGGAUGGCGGGCUUUGCCCGCUGGGAACGGACACUCUGGAAGAAGCUUGAGGUGGGUGACAUCGUACUGUUGCGGGAGAAUGAGCAGAUCCCUGCGGACAUUGUUGUUCUGUCGACGUCGGACCCGGACAACAUGUGCUACGUCGAGACGAAGAACCUGGACGGCGAGACGAACCUGAAGCCGCGGAAGUCCGUCCGCGCAACAGCGUCGAUCACGUCUGAGGAGGACGUGGAACGCUCGUCAUUCGUGCUCGACUCGGAGCCUCCACACCAGAACCUGUACCUGUACCACGGUGUUCUGCGUUACCGGGAGCCGGAGCAUGGGGAGCUAAAGCAGGAGUCAGUGUCCAUCAACGAGAUGCUCCUCCGUGGGUGCACUCUGCGGAACACGGCAUGGGUCAUCGGGCUUGUUGUUUUCACCGGCCCAGACACAAAGAUUAUGUUGAACGGCGGCGCGACUCCGUCAAAGCAGUCUAAGAUCGAGAAGGAGACGAACUUCAAUGUCAUCGUGAACUUCGUCGUCCUGUUUGGGAUGUGUCUCAUCUCAGCCAUUGCCAACGGGCUGUUCGACGCGAAGAGCGGGACGAGCGCUGACUUCUUCGAGAUCGACGAGAAUCCAUCAUCAUCUCCUGUUGUUAAUGCCAUAGUCACCUUUGUUUCGUGCCUAAUCGCCUUCCAGAACAUCGUCCCCGUUUCCUUGUACAUCUCCAUCGAAAUUGUCAAGACGAUCCAGGCGUACUUCAUCUCACAGGAUAUUGACAUGUACUACAAGCCACUCGAUGCAGCUUGUGUCCCCAAGACGUGGAACAUCUCUGACGACCUCGGCCAGAUCGAAUACGUCUUCUCCGACAAGACGGGCACGCUCACGCAGAACAUCAUGGAGUUCCAAAAGUGCUCCGUACAUGGAGUCUCCUACGGCGAGGGCGUUACCGAGGCGCAACGUGGCGCGGCUAAGCGUGACGGCACAGGCGAGUUGAUGGAUCCUCUGGAACAGGACCGGCAGCUGCGGGUUCUCAAGCAAGACAUGCUCUCCAAGAUGUCCAACACGUUUAAGAAUCGCUACUUGCAGGAGGACAAACUUACCCUCAUCUCGCCUAAGCUGGCGGAAGACCUGGCUAAUAAGGCAUCCGAGCAAAGAGGCCAUCUCAUCGCAUUCUUCCGUGCACUUGCUGUCUGUCAUACUGUCUUGUCGGAUCGUCCUGAACCACUUGAGCACCCCUACCACCUGGAGUAUAAGGCCGAGUCGCCUGACGAAGCUGCUCUAGUUGCUGCUGCUCGCGAUGCCGGAUUCCCCUUCAUCCAGAAAUCACGCGAUGGUAUCGAUAUCGAAGUAAUGGGCCAGCCGGAGCGGUACACUCUCCUGAAUGUACUCGAGUUCAACAGCACGCGGAAACGCAUGAGCGUUGUCGUCCGCAACCCACAGGGCCAGCUCAUCCUGUACUGCAAGGGUGCCGAUAGCGUCAUCUACCAACGCCUCGCUGCUGAUCACGACCCCGCGAUCAAGGAGAAGACUUCGCAGGACAUGGAGGCAUACGCUAACGGUGGUCUACGUACGCUGUGCAUCGCGCAACGAUACUUGAGCGAGGAGGAGUACGUGGGUUGGCAGCGCGUCUAUGAGGACGCGACUAACUCGAUCACGGACCGUGACGCGGCGAUCGACAAGGCAAACGAGCAGAUCGAACACUCGCUUACGAUACUCGGUGCCACCGCUCUAGAGGACAAGCUGCAGGAAGGUGUACCGGAGGCCAUUGAGCUCCUUCAUCAGGCCGGUAUCAAGCUUUGGAUCCUCACUGGUGACAAGAUUCAGACGGCUAUUGAGAUUGGCUUCAGCUGCAAUUUGCUCAAGAGCGAUAUGGACAUCAUGAUCUUAUCCGCUGAGACAGUGGAAGCUGCUCGGUUACAGAUUGAGGGUGGUCUGAACAAGAUUGCAUCAGUGUUGGGACCGCCCACGUUGGACCCGCGGAAACGUGGGUUUGUAUCUGGAGCGCAGGCAUCGUUCGCCGUUGUGAUUGACGGCGAUACACUGCGCCAUGCUCUUUCACCUACUCUGUCGUCCCUCUUCUUGAACCUGACUACUCAGUGCGAGACCGUUGUCUGCUGUCGUGUCUCUCCCGCUCAGAAGGCUUUGGUUGUCAAGCUGGUCAAAGAAGGGCGAUCCGCCAUGACAUUGUCCAUAGGCGACGGUGCAAACGACGUCGCCAUGAUCCAAGAAGCAAAUAUCGGGUGUGGCCUGCUGGGUCUUGAGGGUUCGCAAGCUGCAAUGUCGGCGGACUAUGCUUUCGCGCAGUUCCGCUUUUUAACCAAGCUGCUUCUCGUUCAUGGCCGCUGGUCAUACCAGCGAGUUGCGGAUAUGCACAGCAAUUUCUUCUAUAAGAACGUUAUCUGGACUUUCGCUAUGUUCUGGUUCCAGAUCUACAAUAAUUUCGACGCCACAUAUCUAUACCAAUACACCUUCAUCCUGCUGUACAAUUUGGUCUUCACCUCCUUGCCGGUCAUUGUCCUUGGAGCGUUCGAUCAGGAUAUUAAUGCGAAGGCGGCACUCGCAUUCCCACAGCUGUACAUCCGAGGUAUACGCGGGUUGGAAUACACUCGUUUAAAAUUUUGGAUGUACAUGCUGGAUGGCCUUUACCAAUCGGUUGUCGUCUUCUUCAUUCCAUACCUCGUCUGGACGCUGGGUCUGGCCGCCUCCUGGAAUGGCAAAGCAAUUGAAUCCAUUUCGGACUUCGGUACUACAGUCUCGGUGGCCGCGAUUUUUGCAGCGAACUUAUACGUAGGGAUGAACACUCGCUACUGGACAAUCAUUACUUGGAUUGUUGUCAUCGGAUCCUCGGUGGUGAUGGUACUUUGGAUCACCGUCUACUCCUUCUUUGACACCCCCAACUUCAACGAUGAAGUGGUCGUUCUCUUCGGUGAAAUCUCAUUCUGGGCGACCGUCCUCUUUUCCGUCGUAGUGGCUUUAGCCCCGAGAUUCGUAGUCAAGUUCCUCAAGAGCGCAUAUAUGCCUCUCGACAGGGACAUUGUUCGUGAGAUGUGGGUACUAGGUGACCUUAAGGAUCGCCUGGGCAUAGAGCACAGGCGUGGUAGAAAGCAACAUCGGGACAUGGAGAAGACACCUAUUUUCCACCAGCCGCACUAUCGUUCCGAGUCCGAGGUGUCGAGUGUUCAUAUCGAUGCCGUUUCAGCUGUCGUUCCUGCUCGUGACAAAGGCUACAGCGCCGACAGUCUCUCGCCACCGCCUUCAGCAUCUCCGAGCGGGCGGCCCUCCACUCAUGAAGCCUUCCACGAGGACGUCAACCGCAAUCAGAUGCUUGGAGUAUCUCCAAGGCCAGGGCUACCAUACCCAUCGCCGGAUGACAUGCGGCAUUCAUACUACUCUGCAUCUGAUAUCCCCGCACCUUCGCCGACGCCGCCCCUUAUCAGAUAUGACCACGCGCCUCCAAUGGCCUCAGUAUCUACGGAACUUGUGUCUACGCAUGCUGUCCCGACGGCGGAAGCAUGGCAGAGACCGCCACCGCCAACAGGAGCUGAGGCUUUUGAGAUGCAUGUACGAGCGCCAUCGGGCGGAUUGCAGAGUCCACCCAGCCCGUCACACCUGUAUCAAAUGCCUAGCGAUAGCUCGUACAUGACUGCGUACGAUUCGCAACCACCAGAUGAUGACAUGGCCCCUCGUCAUUCGGAAGAGCCCUCACAAGGCAGCGCAUACUACGGCCAAGCGAUUUAGACCAUUUUGACAUUCUGUGGAUGGUGUUAUACUGUGCAUCUGUACCUGGACUUCAUGCUCUAUUUAUCAUAUUGCUUAUCUUUGCAUGCUCUGACGGUCGGACUUGUACCCAGAGGUGGCUGGUUAUCGGUCUGCUCGAAUCCAAUCUUACACUCCGUCGACCUACCUCGUCCACUCCUUGCUCAUGUACCUUCUGUGCGCAAUAUUGUUACUCACAAUGUACUACUAUACAGAUUGAUUAAGUACUUCUGCAUCAUCAAGU